AUGUCUGGUAUGACAGAAUGCAAGCAAGUAUCCACUCCAGUUGAUGUUAACUCAAAGCUCUCGGGAGAAACAGGAGAAUCGUUGAAGAAUUCUACAGAGUAUCGUAGUCUUGCAGGUGCUCUGCAGUACCUGACCUUCACACGUCAAGACAUCACAUAUGCAGUGCAGCAGGUUUGCUUAUUCAUGCACGAUCCCCGUGAGCAGCAUAUGAGUGCCCUUCGGCGCAUUAUAAGAUACAUCAAGGGAACCUGCUCUCAUGGUCUCCAAAUCUUCAAGUCCAGCCUCAACACGCUAACAGCCUACUCCGACGCAGAUUGGGCGGGUUGCCCUGACACUAGACGCUCAACCUCAGGCUAUGCGAUCUACCAUGGUGAUAAUAUGAUAUCAUGGUCCUCGAAGAGACAACAAACAGUUUCAAGAUCGAGCAUAGAAGUUGAGUACAAAGGAAUAGCUAAUGCAGUAGCUGAAACUUGCUUCUUACGCAACCUCUUACUUGAGCUCCACUUUCCUUUACGCACGGCAACAUUGGUGUUUUGUGACAACGUCAGCUCCGUAUACCUAUCAACAAACCCGGUGAAGCAUCAACGCACCAAACAUAUCGAAAUUGAUCUACAUUUCGUGAGAGAAAAAGUUACGCUCGGACAAGUAAAGGUCUUUCACGUACCAACAACACUUCUGUACACCGACAUCUUCACUAAAGGGCUACCAACUUUGUUAUUUACUGCUUUCAGAUCCAACUUGACCGUUCGCUGCGCCAACGAUCUCACUGCGGGAGGGUGA